CAGGUUUCAGCCCUAGCUAUCGCCAGUGGCAAUGGUCUUCUUCUAAAAGGAGGAAAAAAGGCUUCUAACACAGCAACCAGACUCUGUACCGUCUCACCCAGGAGGCUCUCUCACUGCAUGGAGUCAAGGAUGCAGUCCAACUGGUAUGUGAACACCAGAGAAGAGGUUGAAGAUUUGUGCCGAUUAAACAAGCUGAUUGACCUGAUCAUUCCCCGGGGAUCCUCACAGCUGGUCAGAGACAUCCAGAAAGCAGCUAAGAGCAUCCCUGUCAUGGGGCACAGUGAGGGAAUAUGUCAUGUCUAUGUGGACAGUGAGGCGAGUGUGGAGAAAGUUACAAGAAUUGUGAGAGAUUCAAAGUGUGAAUACCCAGCUGCUUGCAAUGCCAUGGAGACCCUGUUGAUUCACAGAGAUAUCCUGAGGACUCCACUGUUUGACCAGAUCAUUGACAUGUUGAGAGUGGAGCAGGUAAAGAUCCAUGCUGGCCCCAAGUUUGCCUCCUAUUUAACGUUUAGCCCCUCGGAAGUGAAGUCCCUGAGGACAGAAUAUGGAGAUCUGGAGUGCUGUAUUGAGGUGGUUGAUGGUGUUGAAGAUGCAAUUGAGCAUAUCCAUAAAUAUGGCAGCUCCCACACCGAUGCCAUUGUUACAGAGAAUGAGACCACAGCUGAGUACUUUCUCCAGCAUGUAGACAGCGCCUGUGUGUUCUGGAACUCCAGCACUAGAUUUUCAGACGGUUAUCGAUUUGGUCUAGGAGCAGAAGUCGGUAUCAGCACAGCCCGGAUCCAUGCACGGGGGCCUGUUGGUAUAGAGGGAUUGCUCACCACAAAAUGGUUAUUGAGGGGGGAGAAUCAUGUCGUCUCCGACUUCUCUGAAAAUGGCAGUAUGAAGUAUUUGCAUGAAAAUAUCCCAGUACCACAGAGAACCAUUAGCUAA